AUGGCCGACGUCUCAGCCGAUCUGCUUAGACAGAACAACUGGGGCGAAGGCGAUAAGAUUCAGUAUCUUGGCUGGCUGACGCGAGCGGGUAUACGAGCUGAGAGCUCGGUCCUGAUAGAGUUCACCAGUCCAGUCGUGGCCAACCGUGCUAUCAUCACUGGUGUCGUAUGGGGUAAGCAAAUCCACAAUGCCUCGCGUUUCUGCCGCGAAGGGCGGAUGAAGCUGUGCAGAAAGUGCUCAAAACCGGGGCAUAUCCAGUCACACUGUUCCAACGUCUUCAAGUGUGGCCACUGUGCCGGCGAGCACCCGACCUGGGAGUGCCCGUCGGCACGGGGGCAGACGAUACCAGUCAAAUGCGCCAAUUGCGGCGUAGGGCACCGCCCAGUCAGUCGGGACUGCCCGGUGAAGAUUACGGCAAUGAAUGAGGCAAAGCAGGCACUGGCCGACUGCCCCAUAUAUCACCGCAUCCCACUGCACUUCCGAAAUACCACAAACGGUAACACAUUGACGCCCCCGAAAAGGCCAGAUCCGGCCGAAGUAGUAGACCUGGAUCUAUCUAUGCAUGCUCCGGGAGCACCGCAGGGGGCGAGAAUCUCUCAGCGCACUCAGCAGGUUAUAAUCGACCUGGAACCAGAAUCAACUGAGACAGGGACGUCACUUGAGGAGCUCAUCAAAUCCUCCAAGCCCAGAAAAGGCCCUGGUCGCCCAAAGGGCUCGAGAACCAGGCCCAAAGACCAAGCGCGACCACCUCCGGGGCAAACCAACACUAUAAUUUCGACAAUCCAGCGAUCGACGAGGUCCCACGCGGCAUCUCAGACGGCUGCGCAGGAGCACACCAUCUCGAAAAAGCGCCGCAUGGGCGAGCCGGAGGACGUUAUGGACGAACAGCCAGACCACGGCAACUGGUGCGAUAUCCAACUCUCUCAGGCCGACCUCCUUCAGGGCAACCUCCGGCAGGAUACCCUUGAAGAAGAGCUCACUCAAUUCACCAACGAUGUCACAACGAUCAACGACACCAACAAUACGCCAGAACCUCGCCUCGAGGAUCUAGACCCAGAAAGCCCAGAGUAUCAAAAACUCAUCACCCUCAAAUAUAACCGAAUGCAAGCGGUACCAGUCAGAUCCUCUCCUCCCGCAAUCACAACCGAUGCACCCACAAUCGAAGACCCAACUGAUGACGUGUGGCACGAGGCCAGCGAGCGUAGUGAUAAUGAAUUUAUUCACCAAUGA